AUGUUAUUUGUUCCAAAUAUUCCAGUAUUCUUUGAUCAUGUUUAUGUAGCUUAUGAGAAGAAUGAUUUACCACCUGUUGAUGGUACCGUGUUUCCUUAUUUAUGUUCGAAUAAAUCGUUUCAUGAUGGAUCGCUUGAACUGAUUUCAAAUGUAUUAUUGAAUAAUACAAGAUGUUAUAAGAGUUCUGGAUUUACUAUUUCAACAUCUUAUAGUCCAAUAUUAUGGCCGCUUCGAUUUGUCGACUUCUAUAAUACAAUAUUUUUGACACUAGUGAAAUACAAUCCAAUCGUUCAUCUUCCUUUGAAUUCGUGUAACGAAUUCAACUUAUAUCAAUGUCAAAAUUCAUUAAAAUGUAUUGGAUUUCAUCGUUUGAUGAAUGGUGUUCUCGAUUGCCCUUCUAAUGAUGAUGAAACUAUGUUUAACGAUACGAAUACUCAAAUAUAUAACCAAUUAAAACGAACCUAUUACAAGUGUUAUUUUUCGAACAAAUAUAUUCUUCAGUCAGCAAUUAAUGAUAGACACUGUGAUUGUGGGUUUUCCGAAUCCCACGUCUGUGAAGAUGAAGAUGCAAGUGAGAACUAUACGCUAAGAACAAUAUCUUUUCAGACAAUGUGUGAUCGAUUUACUGAAUUAUAUCCGAUUAUGAUCGAUGGACAAAAUCAAACAGAUGAAACCGAAUGUACACAAUGGGAUUGUAAUAAUAUAUAUACUCGUUGUAAUAAAGUAUGGAAUUGUUGGGAUGGAGAAGACGAAUAUGGUUGUGAAUCAUACCCAUUAAUGUUUAAUUGUCCUUUAAAUACUCGAAUAUGUGUAACAUUGAAUACAUCAGAGUUUAUGUGUUUACCUACUGGUAAAUUCAAUGACGGUGAAGUUGAUUGUCUUGGCGGAUUGGAUGAACCAAUACUAUGCCGCUCGAAACUUGUGUAUUCCAGGCCGUUUUACUGUUUGCACAGCCAACCACCACAAUGUCUUACAGGUAGCUCUUUAUGUGACGAUCGUAUUGAAUGUUCGAAUGCGGAUGAUGAACGAUUUUGUUACAGAAAUCGAACACUUUCAAAGUAUCAUAGUAGUUACGUCAAUACAAGUCAAACGAGGAUGCGUGAUAUUCAGAACUUCUUACAUAGUGUGAUGGAGGAUAAUGUACGGAAAGCAGAGAUAGAAUAUUUUAGAAUAAUAGGAUUUAAUGAAUCAUAUACAAACAAAAUAAAUAAGAAUGAUGUGUAUCUUGCAAAUAAUUUGCCGAUGAAUCGAUUUUCAAUUCUUGAUGAAUAUCGCUGCCAUCGUGGUCUUUAUCUACGUGCUUGGUUAAAUACAUCAUCAAAUAAUUAUACAGAUACAUGUCUUUGUACACCAAGUUAUUAUGGUAAUCGAUGUCAAUAUCAAAAUGAACGUUUAAGUUUAUCUAUAAGACUACAUGCUUUAACUAAUUCAUGGCAAGUUCCGUUUGCAAUUUUAAUCUUACUUAUUGAUGAUACAAAUCAGCGAACAAUUCAUUCAUUCGAACAAUUCACUUAUUUAUCAGUACGAGAUUGUCAAAUUAAAUUUAAUGUUCAUUUAUUUUAUUCAACUCGACCCAAAGAUAUGAACAGAAAUUAUUCAAUUCAUAUUGAUAUUUAUGAGCAAUUUUCUCUGGAAUAUCGAGGAAGUUUUCUUUAUCCAGUGAAGUUUUUAUUUCUACCAGUUCAUCGUAUAGCAUUCAUUGUAAAUAUUCCAUCAAAAGAUGAUCAUUCUUGUGUAUCUAACAAUUGUCAACAUGGUAAAUGUCAAAAAUAUUUCAAUGAAGAAGAAACAUUCUGUCGAUGUGAUCAAGGAUGGUCGGGAAAAUAUUGUCACAUUCAACAUAAUUGUACUUGCUCAUCCAACUCAAAAUGUGUUGGUAUGUUAAGUGAUAAUCGAUCAAUUUGUUUAUGUAAAGUCAAUCAAUUUGGUUCUCGAUGUUAUCUUCGAAAUACAGUUUGUGAACGCUUUCCGUGUCAAAAUAAUGGUUCAUGUAUUGCGAAUGAUGAUUUUAUGAUUUCAAAUAAGAAAAAAUAUACUUGUUUAUGUCCAAAAGGUUUCAAUGGAGAUCAAUGUCAAACAAAAGAUAAUCAAAUUGAUUUUCUAUUCGAUAAUAAUAUGCAAUUAACUCAAUCAGUUUUUAUUCAUUUUAUUCGAAUUAUCCCAUUUGAUCAAUUUGCAGGAAUAGUACCCCCAUCAUCACCUUCGAGGUUGACAACAUUACAAAGCGUAUUGCAAUCAACAAAUUCAAUGCGAAUUUACUGGUCACAACCAUUCCAUCUAAUUUUUAUUGAAACAAUGGACAAGAUUUAUUAUUUAGCUUUUCUCCAAGCGAAUUACGUUCCUUCAACAGAAAUCACCGAAAGAAUUGAUUCAUCACGACGUUGUCCAUCGAUUAAUGAAUUAGUCAAUGAAACAUUUGCUCAACUUCAUGUUCUUCGUCGAAUGAAAUCUUAUCAUCGAAUUUGUCAACAACAUUCUCCUCAUCUUCAAUGUUUUCACGAUGAUCAACAUCUUUGCUUAUGUUAUGAUUUCAACGCGAAACGUUUAGCAAAUUGUUUUAAUUUUGAUCACAAUCGAAAAUUUGAUUGUUCUGGUCAAAGUACUUGUGAAAAUGGUGGUCAAUGUUUUCACGAUUCACCUGAAUGUCCUAAACAAUUUAUUUGUGUCUGUCGUUCAUGUUACUACGGAAUUCUUUGUCAAUUUAGUACGAGUGAAUUUGAUUUAUCGUUGGAUGCAAUUUUAGCUUAUCAUAUUACUCCCAGUGUUCACCUCUUUCAUCAAUCAACGAUUAUUAAAGUAAGUUUGGCAUUAACAGUUUUAUUUUUCAGUUUUGGUGCAAUUAAUGCUAUUCUUUCAUUAAUUACAUUUCAAAAUAAAAGUACACGUGAAGUUGGUUGCGGAAUUUAUUUAUAUGUUUCAUUAAUUACGACAUUAUUGACCAUAAUAAUGUUUACUUUAAAAUAUUUUGUUUAUCUUUCAACACAAAUAUCAUCUUCAUCAAACGAAUCAUUUAUGAAAUUUCAAUGUUGUUCAUUGGAUUUUCUUAUUCGAAUUUUUCUGAAUAUGGAUCAAUGGUUACAUGCAUGUGUGGCAAUGGAAAGAGCAAUUACUGUUAUUCGAGGUGUUAAAUUCAAUAAAAAGGCAAGCAAAGAGUUAGCAAAGAAAAUUGUUAUUAUUCUGUUGAUUUUCACGGUUUCUACAUCCGUUCAUGACCCAAUUUUUCGACGUUUAUCAGAAGAAGUAAAUGAAACGGAUAAUACAAAAAGAAUCUGGUGUAUUGUGAGUUACUCACCAAAGUUACAAAUUUAUAAUCGAAUUGUGAAUACAUUUCAUUUCUUUGUUCCAUUUGUAAUUAAUUUCAUUUCAUCACUUAUUUUAAUAACAAAAAAAUCUCAUCAACAAUCUCAACUAUACGGAGACCAAUCUUAUUUAGCUACAUUACGAAAACAAGUUCAAGAACAUCAACGUUUAUUAGUUGCACCUGUGGUUUUAUUUCUUCUUGCAUCGCCACGUUUAAUUCUUGCAUAUUUGGCAAAAUGUAUGAAUUCGAAACGAGAUUCGUGGAUAUUUCUCUGCGGAUAUCUCAUUUCAUUUAUUCCUCUAAUGAUAAGUUUUUUCCUUUUUGCUAUUCCAUCGAAAUUCUAUAGAAAAGAAUAUCAAAGAUCGAUCGCACACUAUCAAAAUCUGAUCCGAAAACGUGUUCGUCGAGCAAUGUAA